AUGGUGGCACAAAAGUCUCAAGGAAUCCAGACACUCUUGGAGGCUGAAAAAGAGGCGACUAAGAUCGUCGAUCAGGCUCGUUCAUACCGGACUAAGAAAUUGAAGGAGGCUCAAACUGAGGCUGAAAAGGAUAUUUCAAAACUGAAGGAGAGAAAGGAACAUGAGCUCGAAGAGUACAAGAAGAAGUUCGAAGGUACACAAUCGUCCGCGCAAGAUAAAAUCGACCGUGAGACAAAGGAGCAACUGAAGGAAAUCGAAAAUGCCUUUAGCAAGAAGCAUGCAGAGCUUAUAAAGAAACUUUUGGAGCGUGUUGGCCAGGUUGACCCCAAGCCACACCGGAAUUUGCACAAGAUUGAGGCAUAA